CACCAAUAAGAAACACUUGAAACGGACAGUCUUUACCAGACAGAUAGAACUGUGAGCUUUUAGAGGGCGAAGCCGUUUAUUGCUAGAAUGGUAGUACACAUACAACAGGCCCAUCGGGUGCUCCGACCCGAAAUGUUAGGCAACCAAUACUACGAGCUUUCAAUCAAAAUGGGCAAAGCACAGCCACUCCCUGAACCGUCCGAGGAAGAGGCAAUUGCCCUAUUCAAAGCCAUUGAGGCUCAAUUUCCAUCCAAAACUGUCGGCGAUGACAAGUGGUAUCUAAUCACCAUAGCAGCUCUCUGCGGCGGUAGCAAGCCGGAUUUCGCCCCAACCCUCUACAAAUACCUCAUCUACAAACCAGAGUAUGCAAGCUCGGAAUCUCGUAAAGCAUUGAUGCGACGGUUACGAGAGGCGUUGGUGAAGCUCGUGUCACUCAUUGGCGUUUGCAAGUGCUUGGAGGCCAUAUUCGAUAUCGAAGCCAUCACCCGGCCUGAGGACAAGGAUUACUCCUUCUCAAGAGAAGGCUGGCAAUGUGACGAAGCGAACCUCCAGCGCGGACAUGCGUGGCAGAACCGGAUAUACCUCCAUAAUCAGGGCAAAAUUGAUGAGACGUUAUCAUCGCAGAGGGAUUUCGACUGGCUCAGCAAGAACAUCACCUACGGCCUCUACCUCUCCGACCACACGAUUCUCAACGACGUUGAUACUGAACUUGUCGUGUUGUCUGGAAUUAUGAUACAGAACCUUCCGCGGGAAACUCAAUGGCAUCUGAGAGGCACCAGGCGCAUUGGAGUCAGCAAUCCAGAUACGGAGACGAUUCAGCAAUGUAUUGAAACGGUGGCUGACUUUUGCGGAGUCUGCUUGAACAAGGUCCCGAGAGUGGCGGAUAUAGAACACGAAGUGUAGCUCACACUUCGCAGUCUAGCCUACAUUGCCUUUCAGCGUAUAAAUAGAUAUAGAAGCAUUCAUGCCA